AUGUCCAGUGUCAUUGGAAUCACGUUUGGAAACACGUCGUCGUCCAUUGCGGUCGCCACGCAGGACGGAAAGGUCGAUGUCAUCGCCAACCCCGACGGCGACAGAGCCAUCCCAUCGGUGCUUUCAUACAUCGGCACCGACGAGUACCACGGCGCCCAGGCGCAGGCGCAAUUGGUCAGAAACGCGGCCAACACCAUCGUCAACUUCCGCGACUUUCUCGGGAAAAAAUACGCCGAGAUCGACGCCUCUGUGGCCGCCCACGGCGCCACGCCCAUCGAGACUGCCAACGGCGGCGUGGGGUACAAAAUCACCCGUGAGAACGGCGAGAUCGAGGAGGUUUCCGUGGAGGAGGCCACCACCAGACACUUCAAGCAGUUGAAGCUUGCCGCCGAGGACUACUUGGGCAAGGAGGUGGUCAACGUGGUGUUGACCGUGCCCACGGACUUCUCCGAGCACCAGAAACAGGUGUUGGUGGCCGCGGUUGCCGCUGCAGGCAUGGCCGUGGUGCAGGAGAUCCACGAGCCCUCCGCGGCGUUGUUGGCGCAUUUGACGGCCUACUCCAUCGCGUCCGGCGAGGACCGCAUGUUGCAGGACAAGCUCUAUGUGGUGGCGGACUUUGGCGGGAUCCGGUCCGACGCGGCCGUGAUCUCCGUGCGCGGCGGCAUCAUGACCAUCUUGGCCACAGCGCACGAGAAGAAGUUGGGUGGCGACGACUUGGACGCCGCCAUCCUGGAGUACUUUGCCAAGGAGUUCGAGAAGAAGUUCAAGGCCAACCCCCGGCUGAACGCGCGCUCGUUGGCCAAGUUGAAGGCCGAGUCCAUCGUGGCCAAGAAGACGUUGUCCAAUGUGCAGUCGUCGUCGUUUUCCGUGGAGUCGUUGGCCGAGGGCUACGACUUCCUUGCCAACAUCAACCGCAUGAGAUUCGAGUUGGCCGCCAGAAAGCCGUUGAGCGACAUGACCGCGUUUGUCGAGAAGGUCUUGGCCAAGGCCGGCCUCGACAGCUUGUACAUCGACGAGGUCUUGCUUGCCGGCGGCUGUGCCAACGUGGUCAAGUUGGCCCAGAACGUGCAGUUCGUGUUCCCCGAGUCCACCACUGUCAUUGCGCCUUCCUUGGACCCCAAGGCCACCAACCCGGAGGAGUUGUCCACCAAGGGUGCUGCCUUGCAGGCCGCGUUGGUGGAGGGCUUCGACGCUGACGAGAUCAAGGAGUCCUUGCAGCCCGUGGUAGUGAACACGCAGCACUUGCAGGCGCCCAUCGGCAUCAAGGACGCCGAGGGCGCUUUCCAGCCGCUCUUGGUCGCGGAGACCGCGUACCCCAUCAAGAAGGCGAUCCAGGUCACCAACGGCCAGGCCGCGGACGUGGUGGUGGAGUUGUACGAGGGCAAGAGAACCAUCAAGGAGACGGUGGUGGAGCGCGAGCCUUCUUCGGACGACGACUCCGAGGACGAGUCGGACGACGAGCCUGAGAUCAGGAAGGAGGUCGUGUACGUGGCCGGCGAGUUGUUGGCCAAGUUGGCCUUGACCGACUUGAAGCCCGACUCCAACUUGGAGGUCAUUGUCAACAUCACGCAGAACGGCACGUUGCACUUGACCGGCAGAGAGUUGAAGCACGGCGGUGCUGUUGUGAAGGGCGAGGUCAAGGGCCAUUAG